GGUUCUAGUUUACUGAAUGGGUAGACGGAUUACGGAUAUGAAAUUUAUACCAAUGAAUUCUGUUUCACUUACUGAUAAUUGUACAAUAAUUUUUUAUUGGGGGCGGGCGUUACUUUUCAUGUAAUUGCAAUUUAAAAUAUGUCUUAUUUUUAAAAAUCGCCGCCAUUUUCCGCCAUUAUAUACCAUGAAACAACAAGAAACGACAGGAAUGACAACCGUUUUAUAAACGCAAGAAGGAGAAUCCUAACAGUGUUGCCAUAGUUAUAUAAAAUAUGUUUUCUUAUGAAAAUUACAAUUUUUCAAUUCUUAAAUAUGUCAUUUUACUUAUUCUGACGCAUUUUUAACACAAAAUGACUGCUUUAUUACAAGGGUCAGGUUAGUUCUGGUUAGGUUUCGUUACGUUAGGUUAGAUUACAUCAAGUUUAUUAAUAUUAUAGUGAUUUAUGAUUAUAUUUUAAUAAAUAAAUUCUGUGGGAUUCCCAGAAUACACUUUCAAGGUUGGAAUGAAAUUUUAUGUAUUUCAUGGUUAUGUACUGUCACUGAUUUCGGGAAACCAUGUUGCCAUGUGAAUGACAAAAGAUAAUUUCACAUGAAAACAUCGAUUUUUGUCCAUUUAAGCGUACCAUUGAUUUGGAAUAUUUAUGCAAACCUCUAAAUUUGGCAACUGUUUUUGAAAAAUUGGUAGAUGCAUGCAUUGACGCAUUUUUUAAACAGUUUAUUGUUAGUUUUUAGUUUGUUAGGUCGGUUGUUUGUGCUGCGCCCUGGAUUUGGGCGUUGUCUGUUGCAUCAUAUACAAAUUUGUGAAAGUGAAGUUAGUUUAUCGGGUUUGGACCGAAGGGUUAGGCCUUCCUCCUUUCAGACCGCCUGCGCCCAAUUGCAAUCUGCCCAGUUUAUCGUUAAAUAAAGGUGAAGUGAGACUAAAUGGUGUGUAGGUGUUACGAAAGUAAAUUUAAGUACAAUUAAGGUGUGGCUUUAAUACCUAUAUUCACAAAGAAAAGGCCUCUUUCGAAGCUAGUAAACUGCAGGCAGAGGAAAUAAAUAUGUUGGUGGCAACUUUUAUUACAUUUAAAGCCACGAAUUUGGCUUUGGACUCUCAAAUUGCAUCGAUCUAUAGCUGUUUUCUUCUUCACCUUGGCAAGGAUUGGCCGAAAGGUUACGACUUUUUCCGACAACGCCUUCACGCCGCUUUUAUGAAGAACCAAAACGAAAAGGAUUGCGAAAAAAUUGAAAAAAUGAUUGCUCAUGGAGAGUACGUUAAGAAGGAGAUUGAGACUUUAUAUAUGUUGAAAAAGUAUAGAACUCUAAAGAGACGAUAUUAUAAUGAUCAGUAAGAGUUAACAUUGUUGUAAAUAGUUGUAAAAAUAUGUAGAUUAAUAAAAAUACAAUAUUGUUUUGAAA